AUGAAAAUAGAAGAAAAUUUCAGUUAUAUAACAUUUGUACCAUUAUAUAGUAUAUCACAUUUAUAUAUAACAAGUAUAAUAUUAAGUAUUAUAAUAAUUUGUACAAUUAUUGGAAAUAUGUUUGUUGUCAUUGCAAUAAUAAUUGAUAGACAAUUACAACGGGUUUCUAACUAUCUAAUAUUGAGUUUAGCUGUGGCUGAUUUAAUGGUUGCAAUAUUAGUUAUGCCAAUUAGUGCCUUAAAUGAAGUUUCAAAGAAAUGGUGGCUUGGUAUACCAUUAUGUGAUAUAUGGAUAAUAAUGGAUGUAUUAUGUUGUACUGCAUCUAUUUUACAUUUGGUUGCUAUAGCAAUUGAUCGUUAUUUAGCAAUAACCCGUAUUAAUUAUAUAAGAGAACAAAAAAAGAAACCAAUUUAUAUAAUGCUUAUAAUAAUAUGGUUAUUAUCAUUAAUGAUUUCAUUACCAACACGAUUUCAUCUAACAAGAAAUGAUCAUUUUCUAUUUAAUGAAUGUAAUAUUAAUAAAGAUUAUCUAUUUACAAUAUUCUCUACAGUGAUUGCAUUCUAUUUACCAAUGAUCUUUUUAAUUGGUAUCUAUGUGAAAAUUUAUCAAGUUGCUAAGAAACGUAUCAGGAAAAAAUCAUUACGUGGUUUAUCUUCAAUCACAAGAGAAUCAUCGAUUGAUUUACAUAACAAAAAAAAUAUUGAACAUAAUGAUCAUGAACAAGAUCAUGAUCAAGAUCAAGAUCAUAGAACUAAACAUAAGCAUUUCUUUAAAAGAUCUUCAAUAUAUAUGAUAUCAACUAGUUUAGAGAAAGAAACAUCAUCACCAUAUUUGAGUUCAGAUCCAAUUGAAUAUUGUGAGAAAUAUGACAAUCAACAGAAUAUAAUUAGAUCUUCAAUUGAAUGUCUAAAUAAUGAAGAAUUGAAUCAAGUAGAUUAUCCAUAUUUUGAUCCAGAUCAUAUUAUAGAUCAUAAUGAUUACUUAAAACAAAUAGUAGUAUCUAAUAGUAGUAUAUCUUAUUCAAUGAAUGAUAAUAAUAAUAAUAAUGAUUAUUGUCUUACUCAUAAUCUAUCCACAUCUGAUAUAAUCAACACUGAUGAUGACGAAGUUAUUGAAAUCAAACAGAUAGGUGAUAAUGAAAUGGUAAACGAAUCAAUUGUUGAAAUGAAUUAUCAUUUCAAUAAAAUCAAUAAUCAAAUUAAAUACAUACAAUCCAAUCAAAAUUCAAAGAGAAUACAAUCACCAUUACAAUCUAUUACAAGUCCUAUUCUACUAUUUGAUUUCGAUAAUGAAAUCACAGAUCAUUUGAUAUAUUCACAUCAACCAUUAUGUAAUUUUAUUGAUCCAAUCAAAUUACAUCAUGUAAAUGAUCAUUCUAAUCGUGGUAGCAUAGAAACAAAAUUAUAUCCAAUAUCACCGUAUUUAUCAUCCACUGAUAGUUUAAUGAGUAUCUAUUCAUAUAAUAUUAUACCUUAUAAACAAUCAUUAGAUCAAAUAAAACCACCAUUUUGUUAUGAUCAUUAUGAAACUAUAAAUGAUCAUGUUACAAUAAUGGAUCAUAAUCAAAUUGAUCCUAUACAAACUUCUACUCCUAUUCAUAUUACUACUACUACUACUACUACGACGACGACGACAACGACUAGUACUACUACUAAUACUACUAAUAAUAGUCAUAGUACUAGUAAUACUACUAAUAAUAGUAUAUUAUAUUCAUCUAAAUUGAUCAAUAUGAAUAAUAUUGAAUUAUAUCGUGAACGUAUAGAAUGUCAUCGUGAAAAUAAAGCCAUUAGAACAUUAUCUAUUAUAACUGGUUGUUUUCUAUUAUGUUGGUUACCAUUUUUUUUACAUACACUUAUUAUACCAUUUUGUUUACCACAAUGUAAUUUAAAUCAUUUUAUAAGUAGUAUAUUUUUAUGGUUAGGUUAUUUAAAUUCAUUAUUAAAUCCAAUUAUAUAUACAAUAUUUGCACCGGAUUUUAGAAAUGCUUUUAAAAAAAUUCUUUAUACUAUAUUGAAUACAUUGAAUGUAAAACAAUGA